AAUGUAUAUCCUAGAGACAGCCAGACACACACGUAAGUCUGGGUACGAAUGGCGCUGAAAUUAAGCAGGAUUCAUUUUCAUUUAUCGGAAAGGUGGAGCAGCUCAGCGAACUCCAACAACUGCUCUAUAGCGGGGCUCUGCUUUAGAAGAGACCUGUGCCGGUUUUGCCUGGAGCUGAGUGACUCCAAGCUGCACCCCUGCUGCCUGCUUGCUUGAAGGAAGAGAAAAUCCAUUCGGGAGAGCCUCUUCUUCAUUGCCUCAUCCUAUGGAGGAAUCACCACUGCCCAUCUACAUUGAGGAGGGGACAGAAGUCCCGAUUGAAAGCAGAAAUAUGGCGACAAAGGAAAAGCUUCAGUGCUUGAAGGAUUUCCACAAGGACAUCCUCAAACCUUCCCCCGGCAAGAGCCCGGGGACACGGCCCGAGGAUGAGGCAGAAGGAAAGCCGCCCCAGCGCGAGAAGUGGGCGAGCAAGAUCGACUUUCUGCUCUCCGUGGCUGGUGGAUUUAUUGGUUUAGGCAACGUCUGGCGGUUUCCGUAUCUCUGCUACAAGAAUGGCGGAGGUGCAUUUCUUAUACCUUAUUUCAUUUUCCUGUUUGGGGGAGGUCUUCCCGUAUUUUUCCUGGAGGUGGUGCUAGGACAGUAUACCUCUGAAGGUGGAAUUACAUGCUGGGAAAAGAUCUGCCCUAUUUUCACUGGAAUUGGUUAUGCUUCCAUAGUGAUUGUGUCCCUUCUGAACGUGUACUACAUCGUGAUCCUGGCCUGGGGGCUCUACUACCUGUUCCAGUCGUUCCAGAGCGUCCUGCCCUGGGCACACUGCCACCAGAAGUGGAACACGCCGACCUGCGUGGAAGACACUCUCAGGAAGAACAAGACGCUCUGGAUAUCACUGAAUGCCACUAACUUCACCUCUCCUGUCACGGAGUUUUGGGAGCGCAACGUACUGAGCUUGUCCUCGGGAAUUGAACAUAUUGGUAUUAUCAAGUGGGAUCUAGCACUGUGUCUUCUCCUUGUCUGGGUGAUAUGUUUCUUCUGCAUUUGGAAAGGAGUCAAGUCCACUGGGAAAGUAGUGUACAUCACUGCCACAUUCCCAUUCAUCAUGCUCCUUGUUCUGCUCAUCCGUGGCGUGACCCUGCCUGGAGCUGCAGAAGGCAUCAAGUUUUAUCUUUAUCCCGAUAUCUCACGGUUAGCCGACCCACAGGUCUGGAUAGAUGCAGGGACACAAAUCUUCUUCUCAUAUGCAAUCUGCUUAGGAGCAAUGACUUCUCUGGGGAGCUACAACAAAUACAAAUACAACUGCUAUAGGGACUGUUUGCUGCUGGGAUGCCUGAACAGUGGUACCAGUUUUGUGUCUGGCUUCGCAAUUUUUUCCGUCCUGGGCUUCAUGGCACAAGAGCAAGGGGUGAACAUUGCUGAUGUGGCAGAGUCAGGUCCAGGCCUGGCCUUCAUUGCCUACCCCAAAGCUGUGUCCAUGAUGCCACUGCCCACCUUUUGGGCAAUCCUUUUUUUUAUUAUGCUUCUGUUGCUUGGACUGGAUAGCCAGUUUGUUGAAGUUGAAGGACAGAUCACGUCAUUAGUUGAUCUGCACCCAUCCUUCCUAAGGAAGGGUUACCGACGGGAAAUCUUCAUCGCUAUAGUAUGUUUCCUUAGCUAUCUUCUGGGACUAACUAUGGUGACUGAGGGUGGCAUGUAUGUUUUUCAACUCUUUGACUACUAUGCAGCUAGUGGUGUAUGCCUUUUGUGGGUUGCAUUCUUUGAAUGUAUUGCUGUAGCCUGGGUUUAUGGCGCUGAUAAUAUUUAUGAUGCCAUUGAGGAUAUGAUUGGAUACAGACCUGGUCCCUGGAUGAAAUGGAGCUGGAUUGUGAUCACACCAGUUCUCUGCGUGGGGUGCUUUAUCUUUUCUUUGGCCAAAUACAAACCACUGACCUACAACAAGGUCUACACGUACCCAGACUGGGCAAUCGGCCUGGGCUGGGUUCUUGCCCUUUCCUCCAUGAUCUGCAUCCCUAUGGUGAUGGUCAUCCGCAUCGUGCAGUCAGAUGGGUCGCUCAUUGAGAGGAUAAAAGCGGUGGCCGCCCCCAAGGAAGUGAAUCGGUGGUCCAAAGAAACGGAGAGCGGCACUCCCUUCUGCCCCAAUGGAACUCCGAAUGGCGGAUUGAUCAAGCCAACUCAUAUCAUUGUGGAAACCAUGAUGUGAGCUCUCUCUGUGAGAGGAUAAACCUGCUUUAACUGCCGUUUACUAACCAUAGAUUCUCAUAGGACCAGGUUUACAGAGCUUUAUAUUUGCACUAGGAUUUAUUUUUAUUUCUCACAGAGAAAGUUAUUUUUUGUGUGUGUUUUUUUUUUAAUAUUUUGUAAGGUAAUCACAGCAGAUGUCUCUCUGUAGGGGGAGAGCUUUCAUAUCAGACUAGACAUAUUACAGGAAUUUACUAUUAUUGGGUUUUUUUAAAUAUAUAUAUCUUUAUCUCUAAAUAUUAUACACCUUACCACUUGAAUUGAUUGUCUUGCCAGCAAUACAUUCAAGUCUCAGAAAGCAAUUAGAGGUGCUGGUGUGGUUGGGAGCAGGGUAACCUACAGAACACACAAAAGGAGCUCUGUUGAGAGAUACGACUGAAAACAAAAAGACGCUGUUUCAAGAGCAUUUCCAAAGGUGUAGUAUUUCCACCCUCUGGUUCAUUUGUGGUAAACGGCAGGCUUCAGGGUCACCUUAGGGAAAGGGUACAGUUAAGUUUAGCACAGUCGCUGAAUAAAGAUACAGGCGGGCGGCUGGAGCGGAGGGUUUGCCAGGGGGGCAGAGCAGUUGGGGGUGAAGCGCCCUGCGGCUUCCCCGGGCUCCGGGACCCUGUCACACAGAUGAGAGGAAGGCGUUUGCAGGUUUUGGCGUGGUUCACUUCUUCUUUUUUAAAGAUUUUUGUGUUUUUUCUUCCUUAUUUCACUGAAGCGCAUUGCGUGCUGUCUGCACACGAGCGGGGAGCUCGAGUACCCGCUCUUGAGUUUUGCAGCCAGGCACACUCUAGUGUGGUGGCACUGGAUUGUGCAAACUGGGAGAGGCAGCGGGGGCGAGUGCUGAGGAGCUGAGAGGGGAAGAGCAGCACCUGCGCUGCAGAUUUUCUUCGCUUGCUCAUUCGUUUGCGUGUUAAUUAUUGGACUUUGGUUCCGGGCAGAAAAAUAAAAGAAUUCGUUCUGGACUCUGACCGCCCAAAGGUGAACGCAAACCAGGUCGUCCCGAUGGGAGGAGCAAAUCGCUCACCUACACCUGGUGUAACUGGUGUUUAUAACAGACAUGUUGUUAAUAAUAAUAGUCAUUAAGAUAAUAAUAUCAGUGAGCAAACAGGUGCUUUUCAUCCAUGUAUCUCAAAAAUGCUUUGCCAAGUUCAGUAACCGGGAUUUGCUUUAUUUAUUUAUUGGGGUUGAGGUUCUUCACUGUUGGAGGAGCAGCCAAAAGGACUCAGUCCCUUGUCCCAUGUUCCUAAAUAGCAGCAGUGGACCUAGGGCCCCCAGUCUCCUUGCCCAUCAUUGGGUUAAAUUGUAGUUUUAUAUUGGUUUAGGGUGUGUGGAGGGUGCAGACGUAUUUAUGAGGCUUGUGAAUUUUAUCUGCUGAAGAAACAGGGCUUUUGGGGUUUUAAGUUAAAGCAAAGGGAACAUGUAACACUGAAAUGUGUUGUAUUUGGUCAGAGGGAAUUUUGUAGCGUUCCAGGUUAGACUGGGGAGCGAAGAGAAACCACUGCAAGGAGUGUAGGAAUGGGGGUUCUGCUUCGUGUGGGCCAGGCGGGUGUUGCCAUGGGCAGUUGCUCCCUGAAGACUGUCCAAGACAUUAAACUUGAGCAGGUUGUGCUGGGAACAGGUUCUCUGGUGAAACUCAGCCUAUUUCUUGUGGGCAUUGUGUUCGGGCGAGAGGGGUAUUUUUGUUCUUAUAAUACCACAGAUAGGUUAUCCAAAGCUAUUUAGAUAAAAUGCUUGAUAAAAGCAGAGUUUGUAUCUACUUAUUCUACUGUCAGCUUAGUUUGUCAGGGCAGAGGUUGACAUUUCAACAGGAACAUAUCCAGUUCUUAACAUUCCUACACAGUAGUUUUACUUUAUUUUUUCUUGACCCAUGGGCUAACUGGCUGCAGCAGCAUUAACACUUGUUGAUAAGCUUUUUGGUUUUCUCGUAACAGAAAAGGGGUGAUUUAAAAGUAAGAGAUGGACCAAUAUAAUUUUUAAAUAAAGAAAAAGCGGCCGGCAUCCAUAACUUUCCAAAUCUUUCCAGUUUGAAUUUGUCCACAUUUCUACAUCAGGUAACUGAAUUGCAGCAACAAAACCAGCCCGGGCAGAACUGGUUUUGUUUUCUUUUUCUGGCCGCUGUAUUAGGAGAUGAAACUCUUCCAGUGCAGGAGAUGGCAAACAUCUAAUGACACCUGCUGGGCCGGUGGCAGGAGCCAUCCAGAGGUCACUGCAGGAAUUCUCUGGGCCAGUGGGUGUCAUCAAAUGUGCCCAAAAUAAACAUGCAUACAGCUUUUUUUUUUUAAUUAAUAAGCUUUAAGCAUCAAAGGCAAUUAAAUGUAAUCAGAGAUAAGUCUCUUAGUGGGCUUUGGCUUGGACCCCCAUUUUUGAGUUGCAAUUGGUGUGUGCAGUAACCAGGCGCGCUUGCCUGGGGGAGGAGGGAGCAGCAGGUUAGGAGCUUCAAAUUAAUGGCUCCUGUGAGUGCAGAUGGAACACUGAUGCUUGAUUUUUAUUUUCUUACGUGUAUACGUUGUCAUACACGUGCGUUGGAGAUAUAGUUUGCACAUCACUUUCGUGCUGAGACGAGCUUUAGUUAAGGAAACAAAUGGUUUGGCUCCAUCAAAGCUGCCUCUGGCGAGUCAGCCGGGUGUUGGUUUGACCUUCUCCCGCGUUGUGGAGAGCGCCCUUGUGUGCGGAACCAGAGGGCCAAUACUACACCUUUCGAAGUACAACUACUCGCGAACCAGAACCCAGCCCCGUUUCUAGAGAUACUGUGCCAUUCAAAUCAGUCGCUUCCAUGUACCAAGGGAAAAUGUCUCGCGCGUAUGCAACAGCCUCCUUGGGACGGUCUCCGGCCCUGGUGACCGCCAGGAGGGCUGGGCCACCGGGGCUGAGAAAUCAUUGUUUCUGGAAAACAGUUCCCCCAUCCCUUCUUCCCCUCAAAAAAGAAAAAAAAAAAAAAAAAAUAUAUAUAUAUAUAGUCUUGGUUCAUCUAAGGAUUGAGUUCCAAUGAUAACACAUUUUUACAGUUUUGGGGUUUUUUCCUAACACUUUUAUCAGAUUUUUGAACUUUUCUUGGUGAUCAACUUGUGUUUCAGUAUGAUCCUCUGCCAAAUUUAUUAAACAACAAUUUUUUUAAAAGACUCUGUGUUUUCUACCUAUUUCUGACUGCAAAUACAACUGAUUUUUUUUUCUUGAUUUACUCGUUUAAACACUUGUGACCUCUUUUACUUGUUUUAUGUAAAUGAGGAACUCUAUAGUAAAAUAUCAUGACUAGUCAUAGAGGAACUGGUUUGGAAAAGCUGGUGCAGUUUUGGCAUGAGAUCUUUAGAACCAGAUCCAGAAUAAAACAAGACAAACCCCCACCUGUUCAUAUUUCAUUUCUCUUUGUAUUCAUGGGUUCUUCUGGGCUUGAAAACGGCAGAUUUUCAGCAGUAUUAUUUCCAGCUGAACUGAGAUCGUAGGAAUGUAAAGGGGAACGUUUACCCCACACGAUUCUCUGACCUGUUCCUUGUUUUUCUCAAUUCUCCAAACUUUUUCAGUUCAUCUGUCACUAGUUAUGAUCUCACCGAAUGGGCAUCUAUUGUAAGGGACUUUACCAGUAGUCUGUAUUUUGGUAUUUAAACUGUAUGGUUUCAUAAAUAGAACUGUUUUUAUUGUCGUCGUCGUUGUUCUCGUUUUCCUUCUCAGCCGUAGCUUUCCUUUCUCAUCUGGUCCAAACAAAUCCACACACUUAGAAAAGUCCUUCAAAGUGUGAGAUAGUAGGUCCAUGAUGGAUUUGUUCUUGUGUUUGUAACUGAAAAUACAAAAGCCUGGCAGCCGUAUUUGCCACUGAGAACAACGCUGGUGGUCGCCCUGCCGAAGCACCACGGCAAAACUGAUUUUCACUGUUGUUCUUGGGGAGAGGAGGAAAACAAACAACAAACAAACAAACAAGUGCAGCCUUAUGGUUGCUUUACCACCAAAAAAACCCCACCAACCAUCAGCAGAGCCUUUGGUGUCACUGUCAGGAGAGCAUCUGUGUUCAGUCCUGUGCGCAUCCUCCUUCCUCAACUGCAGCUACUCUUGGCUCCUCUUUGUCUCAGCGUUAGACAAGUCGAGUAGAUCUGAAGACACAUGGACAUUUCCAUUCAAUAGACCUUUUAUAAGUCUUCUCCCACUCUGUUUUUUUUUUUUUGCUAAGGAAGCAUAACAGUUUAAUUGAGGUCAUGCUUGUCACUCUCGGGUUCAAAGCUCCCACUUGUUGCGUCCAUGACAAAACUCCAUCCGUGGGAGAAGGAUUUGAACAUUUUUUUUUUUAAAUAACUGAUGAUUAGUUUCCACAUCUCGUGGUCGCCGCGGGAUCACGUGUGGAGGCAUAAUGUAUAUAAAAUGUUAAAUAAGCUGUGUAUUGAAUGGAGUGGACAAGUUUUAGUUAAGCAGCUCGAGCACACUUGGAAAAAAGACGACCCUGACGUAAUUUCCAGGAGAUUCAAUGGAAGUUGCUCACUUUCAGUAAAAAAAAAAAAAAAGAAUAAUAAAAAAAUAAUCUGUGUUUAAGUAGCUUAAAUCUUUUGCCUUCAUAUGCACGUACACAAGUGAGGACAUUGCUUCUGUUCGUAGGUUGCAAAUCGUGUGUAAGUCUUGCAGAGCUGUUUAGGAUGAGGAUUGCGAAGGUUUAGGCACCACUUGCCUACAAAGAGCCAACGUGCCAGGGUGUCCAAAUGGCCUUUCCUGACUUGGGGUGAUGGAAGAGGGAAAGCAAUGACAAAAUCCCGGACCAAAAGGCCUCUCCAAGGAAGCCUUAGGGUUGGACUUGAAAACUCUGCUGGUUCCUCGCAAGUGCCACGUGGCUCCGGGUACGGGAGGGUGGGUGUGGGUCAGGACUUGGACUUGUUUUCUUGUUAAAUGAGCAUCCAAAACCUUGUGGUUCGGAUUGACGUGUAGUCGUGUAUUUGUAUAUUUGCAUGAGCAAAGGUCAGGAACUGUCAGACUCCAGUAGCUUGUUUUAUUUCUUGUAAUCGAAGCUAAGCUUAAGAAAGAACGAAUUCCGUGACACUUGACACUAGAGAAACACAUGAAGUAGUAAAAAAGAAGCCCCAACACCCCAAAGCUCCAUAUUCCAUCAAUUUGGAUUUAUGGGAACGCUUGGUUAAAAAAAGACUUGAGCAUAACGAGCACCAGCUGGAAAAACUGCCCAUCCCGGCCCUGCAUCCCCUGCUGGAUCACGGCUCUUCUCUGCCAGCCCCAAAGAAACCUGUAGUGGACAAUGCUGCUCUGCUUUAAGAAACAAGAGAGUAAUAAUUUAAAAAAAAAAUUUGUUGUUGUUUCUAUUAAAAAAUAAAUAGAGGAAAAAAUAUGUUUUUCUGUGUGUUUUUCUAAUUGUCAGUGUGAAUUGGUGAUUUCACCUGUAUCCCCAAAUGAGCAGAAAAACCUUUAGACACUUGACAUUUUGCAGGUUGAAAACAUUAACAAAUCAAAUCACGGCCACAUCCCAUUUAAAGUGGAAAACAAGUGACAGGGCUUGUGACUGGAAAAGAGCCUGGCCCUGCUGGUAAUGCCGGGCUGUUGAACGGCAGCACAAACAGCCUUUUGGUGUCAGUGCUGUGUACGGAUUUGGAACAACCAGCACAGUGUCAGAAUGGAGUCGCACAGCCCUGAGCUUUAGUAGUAAAGAAUAUAUAUCUUUUAUUAUAUUUUUUUUAAAGGGUGUCAUUUUUGAGAGGCUUUGUCCCCAUGAUGCACAUCAGGAGGAUGCUUGUGCUCCCUUUGCAGCAAAGGGCAAUGUGGCCAGACCUGGGGAAAAAAAUAAAUAAAAAUAAAAAAUAAUUAAAAAAAAAA